CACUAGGAUUGCACAAUAAACACAGGGCGCCUCGCCUCGCCUGCGAGUUUUUUUUUCUUCCUGUAACCGGUUCCGUGUGCCAGCUGCCCCCUUUGCUGACGGGAACAAGCAGCAGCAGCGGGAGAAGCCACAGAAGCGGCGAUCCGACCACCAUGGCCCCCUCGGCUCGGCCCAGCAGCACCGGACCCGAUAUGGAGGAAGAGGAGUCCUACUACGGGAUCCAGAAAGCGGACAGGAAGACCAGGAAACCUCUGGUGGAGAAGAAGAGGAGAGCUCGCAUCAAUGAGAGUCUGCAGGAGCUGCGGACUCUGCUGGCAGACACAGACUUUCACUCCAAGAUGGAGAACGCAGAGGUGCUGGAGAUGACUGUGAAGAAGGUGGAGGACAUUCUGAAGAACCGAACCCAAGAAACAGACACGCUCAACCAGGAAGCCAGUGAGCGGUUUGCAGCCGGAUACAUCCAGUGCAUGCACGAGGUCCACAUGUUUGUGUCCAGCUGUCCCGGCAUAGACGCCACGGUGGCGGCGGAGCUCCUCAACCACCUCCUGGAGUGCAUGCCCCUGAACGAGGACCACCUGCAGGACGUGCUGAUGGAUCUAAUCACUGACUCUUCUGGGAGUAACAGCAGCACUUGGCACGGCGGCGACGAGUCCCUCUGCACGACUCUGGCGUCCCCCGGGGGGCGGAGCCUGUCCAGCGGCUCGUCCUCGGCCCUGUCCCCGGCCCCCUCCACCACGUCCAGCGAGGACCUGUGCUCCGACCUGGACGAGACCGACAGCGAGCACAACCAGAGCUCCUCCGAGGGCCUGGAGAGCAGAGAGGCUGGGACCUACCCUCGGUCCAUGUGGAGACCCUGGUAGGGGUCCCGGGUCUGGAUGGAACACACUUGGGAUAUUUUUGAAGCAGCUUUCUUUUAAAACUGGACCUCUUACUGAAAGGGAAAAUCCGCCCGACGACACAUGGACUUCAAAAAUAACUAUUUAAAAAAAAAGUUGGUAACA